AUGUCCAGCAACUUUGCCUUUGGUCUGCAGUUGGGACUCUUCAGCUCCAGUGACAAGGCAAGCAUGGCAACUGUCCAUCCCGGCCCUGACCCAGUGCUCCCUUCCACCGCCCCGCCCCCUUAUGAUUACGUCCAGGGCGGGGUCCCCAACUUUGGCCUGGCCCAGCCACAACAGCAGACAGCGCCUGUUGUGUGGGUCACUCCCCAGGGACCGGACAGUCUGUCUUUGCUCAGUGGGGUGGACACAUGCUUCUUGGAACAGCAGCUCGAUCUCAUGCAGGCCAUGACAAUGAUGGACCUGCCCAACCGUUACAAGGUCUGCAACGAAGACGAGCAACAGCUUUUCUUUCUGGAGGAAGUUAACGCCGGCAGCAUACGGCGAGACCGUGGUUUCAAUGUGGUUGCUAAGGACUCUUAUGGCCAGAAAGUGUUCAGCAUCUCGCGAGACUCCAGGCCCUGCUCCUACUGCUUCUUCUGCUGUGCCUGCAUCGACUGCUGUAAGAGCGAGGCCAAAAUCGAAAUUGGCGGGAAAACGGCUGGGAAGCUGAAGCAGAAAUGGAGUGUCCGAGAUGCUAAAUUCGAUCUGGAAGACGAUGACGGCAAAGAAUUGUUUGAUAUUUCAGGACACAUGGAGUGCUGCUCAAUGAAGACAGAAUAUAAAAUUGAACCUAAACACGGCUCCGGGGACGGAGUGAUCAAGAAGAUGGGAGAAGGCCCGUCGAUGGGAAACAAUAAAUUCAAGAUCAAAUGUGAGUAA